AUGGGGAAUUCGCCAUGGCUCGACAGUCUCUCCGACGACUGGGUGCCAGUGCCUGCGACACCCACCAGUCCGGCGCCUUCUCGAUCGAUCGGCCAUUCUCGGCGCUCCAGCCUGCAAAGCCUCCAGAGUUUCCAGGGCUCUCCUAGUCGCAUUCCGGUCCCCGCGCGUCGCUCCGUCGAACCCUCCCCAAUCAACGACCCCAAGAAAAAAGUGUCUCGCCCCUGCCAUUUCGUGAGACGAGAACCCCCGACGCCCAAAACCCCGCGCACCCCCAAGACCCCCUCCAAGUUGCGAUCCCCCGUCCCCGACAAGACGAAGAAGAGCCCCAAACCGAACCUCCCCUCGGGGCGUAAACAACCGUCCACCAUGGAUACUAGGUCUCCCCUACGAUCGGUCUCCAACGUGUCCAACGUGUCCGGUCAAUCCGCCCAACACGACACUGUGCAAGUACGACCAAAUAAAGGGAAGGGGAAGGAGGGCACCCCGGAAUGGCGGCGGAGGUUGGUCCAGGGAGAGCUACAAGCCGGCGAACAGCGCGAUCUAUUCGCUCCCAUCGGACUGGAGAGCGUGUUCAAACCUCCCACGCCGCGCACCGAGAAGGCCGAGCACGAGACGAUUCCGAACAUGAUGCAACCAGACAAUUUGUGGGAUUUCAGCGACGCGCCCGACAAGAGCUACGAUGAACAAGGAGGACGGUCUCUGUCUGAUACGCACAAUGGGCAUGGUGCGGGCAAUGGCGAUUCCUUUGUCGAAGAUCCGAAAUCAUUACCAAGGAGACCGGAAUCGCGCGACAGAGCAAACUCCCAAGAAAGCCCGCAGUCGUCGCGCACCGGCACGUUGGACAGUAAAAAGGGCGCGCAGAUGCUCGAUGUCGAUCAAAACGACGCCUCGCGCAACGACACCCAAAUGAGGACGGCUAGUGGUCUGGAGGAUCUUCGCAACGAGGGAAUUACGCCUAUCACGUUUUCGCGAACCAACACCGUCGAUGGAAACGGAACGUCGGAAGUCAUCAAGUUCGCCCUGAAACAAGUCACGAACAAACUCGAGAGACUAUCUAUGGCGCCGGGAGAGCGCCCGGACUCAAGGGCGAGCGACAGCAUACUUUUCAACCCGAAGAUGGUCAAUGCCAUGGAAACCCUGCCGGACGACGACCUGCUCGACGUCACCAGCAAUUCGCUUCCUCAAGACCUCUCCAUGGGCACCUUGGACUAUCGAGGUCGCGGAGCUUUUGCGAAUCUGGGCCGCGAUCAGUACCUGAGCGACGCUUCCUUCCAUAAACGUCGAUUCUCCCCGCCGUCCUUUCCUUCGCAGCGACUGUCCCCAUUCAUCCCGCCAAAUUCGAGAAUCCGAAGCUCCCCGCCGUUCUUCCAGAAAACCCACCCCGUGGCGGAUCCCCCGACUCUUCCUCGACCCUCGUCGGCCCAUGUCAAGACUUCUACGUUUGAUCAAUUUGAGGCGGACAGGAGCGAAAUCAUGCCUUCCUCGGGGAGUCCGCUGAAGCUUUUUGGAAACCAUGACACGUUCACGAACAACAGGCUCCUGCGCCGUAUGAGCCAGUUCGAGGAAACAUUUGGCGAGGUCUCUGAAGAAGAUGAACCCGUUUCGCCCUCGGAGGAAGCUCGUCGUAAGGGGGAAAACAAAAGCUUCCUCAACGUCAAGCAGGACACGUGGGGUGACCAGUCUGUUGGCAAGAACGAACGGCCCAGAUCGCGCAACGCGGCGAAGCUUCGCGUCAGUCGGUUUGGUGAUGGUGAACUGGAUAACUUUGACUUCUCUGAUACAAGCCCCUAUGAGCCGAAAAUGCUGAAUCAGGAUGCUCCGGAUCCUGAUUCACAAGCUUCUUCGCGUCGGCGGAGGUACCUUCGUCGCAACUCAUCCAAGACACAUACCUACGACUAUGGCAGCGACCAUUCAAAUUCAGCUGAAAACAUGCACUCAGUCGCUAGGUCAACCACGCCCCCCGAUGUGGACCAUACCCAGAAACAACGGGCUUACUCAAAUGGAACCGCCGAGGAAGGAUCCGAGAUGCAAUGGGCCCCUAACACCCCUGCAAAGGACCCAACGCCGAAGAGGCGCAGAACAUUCCUGAGAUCCCAUAGUUCGAGGAAGCAAGACGAUCUCGGCACGGAUGACAGACAGAAUCAGCAAACAGACACCCUUUCGUUACUACAGCGGAGUUUGAUGCAACAUGGUGUGAGAGACGAAGACAAUGGCUCCCUGCUUCGACCGCAGUCUUCACAACGACCCAGGACACCGACCCCGAGUCAAAGAUCUUCCACGCGAAAGAGAUCCUUGCCAAGUAGGGACCUACCACCCGGUGGGCAGGAUGAAUUUGAACGCGAAGGAUCUCCAGCGGAUGGGGCUGUCCCCGUGGUUAAGGUGACCGGCGUCAAGGAUGAGGCUCGGAAGGGGUCGAUCACAACACAGGACUUUCUGAAUGAGGCCACAAAAAUCAUGGACAUCAUUAGAUCCAAGGGCAGAACUGCGCCGGGAGGGCUGUCUAGCGUGGAAGAAUCCGACAAUGAGGAUCAUAACCAAAACGAAAGCUACGAAGAUGAAUCGACCCGGGAAGAAUUCUCUCGUCCUCCGAGCCGGGAGGGUGUGGAUAUACGCAAAUUGAGGGAACCCCAGGAACAGAACCCGCGAAUUUUGAGUCAUUUGAAAAAGUUCCAGGAACAGGAUGACCUGGAUUUUGAUGUCAACGCCUCUGUCAUGUCGUUGCAUCUUGAUGAUAACGAAGACUCAAGCCCUCCCCAGCACGGCGAUCAGGCGGACGAUAAUAUCCGGAAUCUGCCGACCCAAGGAACCGACCAACACGAGCGUAAACUUUCCGACCCGACAUCGGUAGGAGAGGAUGAUAGUCUCCCAGAAUUGAUGACCCUCAACACGCAAGUGUCUGGCAAGAGUUUGAGCGCCCGUUCUGUCCCCACUGGAUCAUCACAGAGCUCCCACGCCAAAGGCGUCCUCUCCUCGGACCUAGUAUCUCACCUGAUUCCUGAGCAAGUCAACGGAUUAACCUACGACCGUUACAAGCAUCAGUGGGUCAAAGAGAAACCGCCACCGUCGCCCGAAAAGCCGAAGGGAGACGAAAGCGAGGACGACCCGUUUAGGGAUAUCCCUGACCUUAGUGUUGACGAGUUGCAGGAGAUGAUGAGGAUGCAGUCUUCUCUAUCUCCCGAGCGAACCAAAACCCCCAACGCGUUCGAGGACAGCGCCGCUGCUCAAAGCCCACUCAGCGCUAAAGGUGCCUCCCCGAAGGCGGCGGCACGACCACAGUCUAAGGAUGGAGAACCGUCCGUGAACGCCAGCUCUGCGCAAUCAAAAAUCUCCCGGGACACGUCUAGCUUGCGAAAUUCUGGGACUCGAGCCACAUCUUGGAUUUCGGAUCGCCCGAAAAGCCGAGACAUCUCUAGCGAGGUUGAACACGAAAUCCAGCUUCAUGAAGGUCGGUUGUCAAAACUCCCUCGGUGCCAAAAUAAUGGCAACAACCAAGCACGGGUUGUCACUAUCAGCUUUUCGUCCCCUCUAGUCUCGCAGAUUGCUUACAGCGAUGACGAGAGCCCCACGAAGCUUCGACGAGAGAUGAUUACGGAUGGUGCGCACAAAUCAGCCGGAUCUGAGAAUGCAAAUGCUUCUCAAGAGCACGACCAUUCCGACCAAACCUUCCCCAAACGUUCUAUCUCACGCAUAGACGAGACAGGGGAAGAACCCGCCGAUGAUUUGAGUCUGAUCCGGAGGGACUUUGGAUACCCGACAUCGACACCAGUCAAACAGUCUGGUGAUCAUUCGUUGGUUCAUUUCAGGAAAAACGAUCAUGAUACCAGCUACAGCUUUCACCUUAGCCCUCUUCCCGAUUUCACCGUCGAUCAAAUUGACCAAUCCCUACAUCUAGAUAUGAGCUACGUGGCCCAGCGCACGCACCCUACAUCUCUGCGUCAGGUUCAUGGUACAUUCGCUUUGGCGACUGAGGAAUUGGUCAAGCAUAUAACCGAGGCCCAACCUUUUGAGCCCUACUGGGAGCACGUCCGUCGAUUAAUCCUUCGUCAUAAGGGGUUGAUCACACUUCACAAACUCAGCGAUUUCUGCCCUCGUUUGGAGGAUCUGGAUGUGUCCAGUAACCAUAUUGGGCAACUCAGUGGAAUCCCUUCAACCUUGAGAACGUUAAAGGUCCAGUAUAAUUGUCUCUCCAAUUUGACUGCGUGGGGUCACCUUGUCAAUCUGCAGUAUCUGGACGUUUCGGGCAAUGACCUAGAGAGCUUGGAUGGAUUUAGCAGCUUGAUCCAUCUUAGAGAGCUUAAAGCGAACGACAACAGGAUUCGAAACAUCAAUGGCGUGUUCGAGCUCAACGGACUUUUGAGUCUGAAACUGAGAAACAAUGACCUGGCGGAGGUGGAUUUUGAGGGAUCUGAAUUAACCCGUCUACAAGAAUUAGAUCUUUCUCGUAACCACAUAACGUCUAUUCGAGACAUCGAUACUCUCACCUCCCUUUCCACGCUUGACCUCAGCUCCAACCAACUAAGUGAGCUCGGCUUAUCGGAGUCUCUCCAUGCCCUGCGAUCGCUAAAGCUCUCCAAUAAUAAGCUACACAACCUAGAUGUCAGCUUCUUCCCAUCGUUGUCUCUUCUCUACGUCGAUCAAAACUCCCUUACCACGGUUUCUGAGCUUGGUCAAUGCCACAGCUUAGAUGUCUUUUCUGCACGGGAGCAAAUGAUAUCGAAUGAGCACAAUGCCGGGUUCUUUGACGUGGAUCUAGGAUUAGUCAAAGAUAUCCGCAAAGUAUUCUUGUCUUCAAACAAGCUCUCUCUGCAAACACUUUCCCCGUCAGUGCCUCUCCUGCGUUUACAACUGCUUGAUGCUGCAGCGUGUAGCAUCCAGACCCUUCCCGUGGAUUUCGCAUUGAAUUUCCCCAAUGUCAAGGUCCUAAACCUUAACUUCAACUCUCUGGCAAGCAUCAAUGAGUUGGUUGGUGUCAACUGUCUCUCUCGCUUGGCGCUUGCUGGCAACUGCCUGUCAAGGUUGAGAAGGCUAAGUCAGGUCCUGAGCCGGGUGGGACGAACCAACAAGGGAAAGGUUUCAACCCUUCAGAAGUUAGACAUCAGAGGAAACCCGUUGACUUUCCGGUUUUAUCCUCACCCUGUUAGAGGCAAAGGAAGACCGGAGAGUCCAAGAAAACUGAAAGCGAUGGAGCCUAGGCCAGCCCGAUCGGACAACAUCGGCUUGGAUCUUCCUUCCGUACUCGCCGAUUUUGGGCGCCGUGGAGAGAUGGUCCAGUCCGCCAUUGGUGAGGAGGACGACGAUAUCCCGGAGAAAGACGUCGAAAUCGACGAUCCAUAUACCCUCCCACCAGCUGAUCCCCAAGCCGACCAGAAAUACUUGGCCCAUCUGGACCAACCGACUCGACUUCGUCGGAGGGUUCUGGAGCUUAUGCUCUUCGUGGGAACCGGGGGAUCCGUCAAGCUCCUGGAUGGCUUGGAGCUGCGGCCAGCUUUAGAGGAAGGGUCUGACAUGGAUAUCGCCUGGACUAAACUGGAAAAAUUGGGCGUGCUUAAGAAGAAGGCGAUCACUGCAUAG